AUGGAAACCCUUGAGGAGAAAGCCGUGGGAGAGAAACAUCGAACCUUGCUCUGCCAAGGUCCCGUGGAACUGAGAAGAGGCUGGAGAAGGAAGAAACAACACCUCUCCUUGCUCAGUGAUGUGUUGGUUGUGUCUAACAACCUGCGUAAGAGAAAGUUCAAGACUAAACAUGUCAUCCCCCUGAGUUACCUGUGGAUGGGUGAUUAUGUGGACAUAGUCGGGAGAGACAGCAGCUCUGCUUGCAAGUCCAUUCUCCUGUCCUGGCCCGUGGGAAAUUUUGUGGCCACCUUUCGUUCUAUGGAACAGAAAGAUCGGUGGUAUUCUUUUCUCCAAAGAUCCAUUAAUGACGCCACAAAGGGCUACAGGAAGCAUUUUAAACUCCCGAUAUUCACUGAGGAUAUCCCAAACUGUGUCAGUCCUUUAUAUAUAACAACAACAGACUUGGAGACAGUCAAUGACAUCAUCCAGAAGUUACUCCCUAUGAUAGGAAUGCCUAGUGCUCAAGGUUACCAACUGUGGUUCUGUCGUGGCUAUGAGAAAGCCCCAGGCCUAGUCCAAGAGCAUGAGCAUCCCUAUGACAUUAUAAUGAGGAACAGCCUAAGUACCUUCAAUCGAAGGGAAUCAAGAAAUUUCACAGCUUUUCCUGCCCUGCCUGGGCUGUAUGUGGAACAACCAGAUAUACAGGGACGAUUCAUCCUAAAGCCCAGAGAAGCAGCAAGAAGUCAGGAGCAGAGCAAUACAGAGGAGCCAAGAGCUACGAAAAGACGGCCUUUCAUAUCUCGGUGGUUCCACAGGGGCUCUGUGCAUCACCAGGACCAAUUGUGCACAGCCCUGCCAGUUGCUAAGACAGGAAAACUCUUUGGAAAUGAUCUGACUGCCAUUUGUGAGGAUGGCAAUCUGCCCACAGCAAUUCUGGACAUCCUAUCCUUUAUUAGUGAAAAAGGGCCAAUCACUGAAGGCAUCUUCAGAACAUCAGGUGAUAUAAGGGCAUUCCGAGCCCUAAAAGAAAGACUGGAUUCUGGGACAGAAGUGAACUUAAACAACGAAAGUGUCCCUGUGGUGGCAUCUAUCUUAAAGGAAUUUCUUCAAAAUAUACCAGGCAGUGUGUUGACGUCUGGACUUUAUGAUGAAUGGCUCGGUGUCCCUGACCAAGAGUGUGAAGAGAAGAAAGUAGCUGCAGCACAGAGUCUUUUAGAGCAAAUACCCCAACCAAAUGUCUUUCUUUUGAAAACACUUUUCGGGAUAUUGUACAAAAUUGAGCAAAAAUCUGAACUCAACCAUAUGACAUCAUCAAAUUUAGCUGUUUGCAUCGCUCUGAGUAUUCUAUGCCUGCCUGGUUCCAGCAACUUGGAACUGCCAGAUGUCUCCAAAAAGAUUUCUCUGGUCAGUUUCCUAACUGAGAAUUAUCCAAAAAUAUUUAGAGAAGGCAUUCCAGUUCAUCGUGAGAGUCCAUCGGUUUGCUCUGAUGGGGAGAACACUUACAACGCCCUUAACACUCAAACUGACAAAAUUGUGAUGGAAGAAAGUGAGCGUGAAGAAGACCCCUGCCCCAGUGGCAGCACGUGCCCCACAGGCAAUGAUGUACAGCCCAGAAGUCCAACUGCUCCUCGUCACAAUGAGGAAUUAGAGGUCACUUGCCCAAGAGCCACGCCUCUCCUGAGAGAGACCUUGGUGGCCCAAGGCCUUUACCGGAAGGGCCACCCUAGGGGGCCGCACCCGACGACACCCACAGCGCCUUCGCACAGCUUCACCGAGGAUUACAGGCUGGUCCCGGAGUGCAAAGCACCGGUCUUAUGCGAACUGACAGCGCAGCCAGCCUCACACCCGUGCCCUGCAGUGCAGUCAUCUAAGGGUGCCUAA